CGCACGACGAUUUCUGACGGAUAUUGAUACAUCGUUGGUAGUGUAAAGAAUACCUCUUAAAACAGGUGAAGAUGACCACCACAAUGACGGAAACACUAGGUCAACCAGUACCGCCUUUCACAGCGCACGCGAUCUCCGUCUCUUUACCUACAUGGCGAGAUAACGUCGGGUAUGAAGAGGGAGAGAAGAGAGUCGUCGAUGCAAUGGUCACCGGUUAUCCACGUUUCUUCAUUCACAAAAGUAUCCAAAAGCUCGCAGGUAUCUGCGAGAAAAAGUUCGGCAAGCAAGGCGAACUCUGUUUACUCUGUCCAUCGAAGAAGACGGCUGAAUUUUGUCGAGAAUUCAUGAUUGCCCAGUCGCCAGACCCUACGUCUCCAGUUCCUGUCCGGUUGAUUGAAUUUUUCAUUUGUCCAGAAGAUAGCUCGGUCCCAUCAAGUUCUACGUGUGUAGAUCUGCAUAUCGUGUUAUUCCCUUCGGAUGCAUUCCCUUUGGCGAAGAAGUUCUGGCAACAUACCGGUAUGGGUAUCUCGAGCCGGACAGCCGAGAGAUGCCUAGCGAUGAUCUCGGAGUCACCAACCUCGCCAACGAGUGAAGACCGACCCGCGCAGAGAAAGGCCCCGUCUAAACCUCAAAAUAGACAUUACGCCGUCAAGUCGCCCUCCCCAGUUCCACCAGAGGAAGAGUCAUCUAUGGAUGUCGCUUCAUAUCUUGAAGAACGUUACGGACGAAAUUUGCCUCUUGGUUAUGCAGCUGCAGCCAAGCGCGCCUUACGUCGCCGGAUCGCAGGCGUCCUCGUACACGAUUCGUGUAAUAACGUCAACGAUACCCAGAAUUACCCUUCUGCAGGUCGCGAGGAAGUCGAGCUAGGUCCGAGUUCACGCGGUGUGGAGAACGUGACGGAGGACGAUGUCUUCCUCUAUCCAACUGGCAUGUCAGCAAUCUGGUGGGCUCACCACCUCGCACUCCUAACUCGCCCCGCACAAAAGAGUGUUUGUUUCGGAUUUCCAUACACCGAUACGCUUAAAAUAUUGGAGAAAUGGGGGCCAGGGUGCUAUCAUUUCGGACACGGGCUUGAUAGCGAUAUCGAUGCGCUUGAGAAACUUCUGGACGAACUCUCUCCUAAUCAUUCGGAGUCUUCGAGUCCACCGAUUUUGGCGCUGUUUACAGAGUUUCCGUCAAAUCCGCUCCUUCGGUCGCCGAACCUGCCGCGUUUACGUGCGUUGGCGGAUAAGUAUGAUUUCUUGAUCGUCAUAGACGAGACGGUUGGGAACUUUGUGAAUGUUUCCGUCCUUCCAUAUGCAGACAUCGUCGUGAGUAGCUUAACAAAGGUGUUUAGUGGCGAUUCGAACGUCAUGGGUGGAAGUUUGGUAUUGAACCCAAGCGGAAGACAUUACACCCUUCUCAAAUCAACUCUCCAAAGCGAAUACGACGACAUCUACUUCAACGAAGACGCUAUCUUCCUUGAACGCAACUCACGGCAGUUCCAUCGACGUGUACAGCUCAUCAACCAAAACGCCGAAGCGAUCUGCGACUUUCUCAAGUCCUUCUCUCCGCAUCUCGUCAAGGAAGUAUUCUACCCGAAAUUCACUACACCAGAAAACUACCUCGUCUGCUUGUCGCCACAUUUAUCCAAGGAGACCUCGAAUUCGGCAUAUGGAGGAUUAUUUUCGGUCACUUUCACCUCGCUUUCUGCCUCGCAUGCUUUCUUCGACGCGCUGGAGUGUUUGAAAGGCCCGUCGUUGGGAACGAGCUUUACGCUUGCGUGUCCGUACACGAUUCUUGCGCAUUACGAGGAAUUGGACUGGGUGAAACAGUGGGGCGUUGAGGAAGGGCUUGUGAGGGUCAGUGUGGGUACUGAGGAAAGGGAGGAGUUAUUGAAAGUGUUCGGAAGGGCGUUGAAGGCUACUGCAGAGGCUGUUAAGCGGGAACGCGAUGAGAAGAAUUAAAGUAAAAAUUGGGCUUUCUGAUAGUAUUGGUGUAUCUGUAUGUUCAACACAUCUGAUUAUGAAACUUAAACUAGAUAGCUUUCGGUUUGUAGAGGUACAUGGCAG